GUGGCUUCUUUCUGCCCGAUCCCUCAUCCUCUGGCGUGGCAUUUUCUCCAUGACAGUCUGCCCCUGAACUGCUCUGGCUGAUGCUUUGGUAAAGGCUUGCAAGGAAAGAGAGUAACAGCCGCUGGCGAAUCCAGUUUGCGUAAGCACCAUCAGCAAUGGAUGAGACCUUCCCCAGGCUGGAAGAAGACUGGAAAAAAGGACUUCAGCGAGAGGCGGCUUGGCAGUGUGCUGCUCUGGUUGGUGAAGACCAGCCUCUUUGCCCAGAUCUUCCUGAACUUGACCUUUCUGAACUAGAUGUGAAUGACUUGGAUACAGACAGCUUUCUGGGUGGACUCAAGUGGUGCAGUGACCAAUCAGAAAUAAUUUCCAAUCAGUACAACAAUGAGCCUUCCAACAUAUUUGAGAAGAUAGAUGAAGAGAAUGAGGCAAACUUGCUAGCAGUCCUCACAGAGACCCUGGACAGUCUCCCUGUGGAUGAAGACGGAUUGCCCUCAUUUGAUGCUCUGACAGAUGGAGACGUGACCACUGACAACGAGGCUCGUCCUUCCUCCAUGCCUGACGGCACCCCUCCACCUCAGGAGGCAGAAGAACCGUCUCUACUUAAGAAGCUCUUACUGGCGCCAGCCAACACUCAGCUAAGUUAUAAUGAAUGCAGUGGUCUCAGUACCCAGAACCAUGCAAACCAUAAUCACAGGAUCAGAACAAACCCUGCAGUUGUUAAGACUGAGAAUUCAUGGAGCAAUAAAGCGAAGAGCAUUUGUCAACAGCAAAAGCCACAAAGACGUCCCUGCUCAGAGCUUCUCAAGUAUCUGACCACAAACGAUGACCCUCCUCACACCAAACCCUCAGAGAACAGGAACAGCAGCAGAGACAAAUGCACCUCCAAAAAGAAGUCCCACACACAAUCACAGUCGCAACAUUUACAAGCCAAACCAACAACUUUAUCUCUUCCUCUGACCCCCGAGUCACCAAAUGACCCCAAGGGUUCCCCAUUUGAGAACAAGACUAUUGAACGAACCUUAAGUGUGGAACUCUCUGGAACUGCAGGCCUAACUCCACCCACAACUCCUCCUCAUAAAGCCAACCAAGAUAACCCUUUUAGGGCUUCUCCAAAGCUGAAGUCCUCUUGCAAGACUGUGGUGCCACCACCAUCAAAGAAGCCCCGGUACAGUGAGUCUUCUGGUACCCAAGGCAAUAACUCCACCAAGAAAGGGCCCGAGCAAUCCGAGUUGUAUGCGCAGCUCAGCAAGUCCUCAGUGCUCACCAGCGGACAUGAGGAAAGGAAGACCAAGCGGCCCAGUCUGCGGCUGUUUGGUGACCAUGACUACUGUCAAUCAAUUAAUUCCAAAACGGAAAUACGCAUUAAUAUAUCACAGGAGCUCCAAGACUCUCGACAACUAGUAUAUAAACAUGCCUCCUCUGAUUUGCAGGGGCAGAUUUGUUCUUCCACAGAUUCAGACCAGUGCUACCUGAGAGAGACUUUGGAGGCAAGCAAGCAGGUCUCUCCUAGCAGCACCAGAAAACAGCUCCAAGACCAGGAAAUCCGAGCCGAGCUGAACAAGCACUUCGGUCAUCCCAGUCAAGCUGUUUUUGAUGACGAAGCAGACAAGACCAGUGAACUGAGGGACAGUGAUUUCAGUAAUGAACAAUUCUCCAAACUACCUAUGUUUAUAAAUUCAGGACUAGCCAUGGAUGGCCUGUUUGAUGACAGCGAAGAUGAAAGUGAUAAACUAAGCUACCCUUGGGAUGGCACGCAAUCCUAUUCAUUGUUUGAUGUGUCGCCUUCUUGCUCUUCUUUUAACUCUCCAUGUAGAGAUUCCGUGUCGCCACCCAAAUCCUUAUUUUCUCAAAGACCCCAAAGGAUGCGCUCUCGUUCAAGGUCUUUUUCUCGACACAGGUCGUGUUCUCGAUCACCAUAUUCCAGGUCAAGAUCAAGGUCCCCAGGCAGUAGAUCCUCUUCAAGACAUGAGCAUUGGAUCGUCCAUGAAGAGACUGGGUUCAAGUUAGGUCUAAAGGAGGCAGCAGAGGAACAUUGGUUAAGAAAGUCAUCAUUUCUUACCUGUGAUGGGUCAACACCUAACUGGGAAGAACGCCGUGUGAUUUAUGUUGGUAAAAUCAGACCUGACACAACACGGACAGAACUGAGGGACCGUUUUGAAGUUUUUGGUGAAAUUGAAGAGUGCACAGUAAAUCUGCGGGAUGAUGGAGACAGCUACGGUUUCAUUACCUACCGUUAUACCUGUGAUGCUUUUGCUGCUCUUGAAAAUGGAUACACUUUGCGCAGGUCAAAUGAAACUGACUUCGAGCUGUACUUUUGUGGACGCAAGCAAUUUUUCAAGUCUAACUAUGCAGACCUAGAUUCAAACUCAGAUGACUUUGACCCUGCUUCUACUAAGAGCAAGUAUGACUCUCUGGAUUUUGAUAGUUUACUGAAAGAAGCUCAGAGAAGCUUGCGCAGGUAACAUGUUCCCUGACUGAGGAUGACAGAGGGAUGGUGAAUACCUCACGGGACAGCGCGUCCUUCCCUAACAGACUAUUCCAAAUCAUACUUAGGAAUUUCUCCUACUUUACACUCUCUGUACAAAAGCAAAUUAAAAGAACAACAGUACAACAAGAACAACAACCACAACCAUGGUUUACAUGAACACAGCUGCUGAAGAGGCAAGAGACAGAAUGAUAUCCAGUAAGCACACGUUUAUUCAUGGGUGUCGGAUUUGCUUUCUCUGGAGUCUCUUAGUGAUGGUGUGUGUGUGUGUGUGUGUGUGUGUGUGUGUGUGUGUGCAUGUGCACGUGUAUGUGUGCAUGUGAACCUGGUUUGGGGGAAGUAUGUGUGUGCACUUGUGGAGACUGGGGGCACCCGAUCAGAAUGUGCAAGGGCAAAUCACUUCAAAUGGCAGCAGUUCCACGAAGACACACUUAGAACCUAGAACUUCAAAAUGUUCAUAUUCUAUUCAAAUGGAAAAAAAAAUACACAAAUUAAAAAUGAAAGAAAACUAACCAACCAACCACAAACCACCCUAAAAUGACAGCCGCUGAUGUCUGGGCAUUGGCCUCCUUCGUACUGUAUUUUUUAAGAAAGUGCAAAAUCAACUUGAAGCAAGCUCUCUCGUAACAUAGUGAUUAUAUGACAAUCCUGAAGAAACCACAGGUUCCAUAGAACUAGUAUCCUGUCUCCUCUCUCUCUCCCCCCCCCACACUUUUUUCUUUUUCCUUUUGCCAUGGAAUCUGGGUGGGAGAGGAUACUGUGGGCACCAGAAUGCUAAACUUUCCUAACAUUUUGAAGUUUCUGUAGUUCGUCCUUUAUCUUGACACUCAUGUAUGUGUCCAAAAUGUUGAUCUUCCACUGCAAAUUUCAAAAGCCUUGUCGAUGGUCAAGCGUGCAGCUUGUUCAGCGGUUCUUUUUGAGGAGCGGACACGGUGUUACAUUACUAAUGAGAGUUGGGUAGAACUCUCUGGGAUGUGUUCAGAUAGUGUAAUUGCUACAUUCUCUGAUGUAGUUAAGUAUUUACAGAUGUUAAAUGGAGUAUUUUUAUUUUAUGUACAUACUAUACAAUGAUGUUCUUUUUUUUGUUACAGCUAUGCACUGUAAAUGCAGCCUUCUUUUCAAAACUGCUAAAUUUUUCUUAAUCAAGAAUAUUCAAAUGUAAUUAUGAGGUGAAACGAUUAUUGUACACUAACAUAUUUAGAAGCUGAACUUACUGCUUAUAUAUAUUUGAUUGUAAAAAAAAAAAAAGACAGUGUGUGUGUCUGUUGAGUGCAACAAAACAAAACGAUGCUUUACGCAAUCCAUCCCUGCUUAGGUGAGCUUCUAUCUAAGCAUCUUGUCAAGAAAUAUCCUAGUCCCCUAAAGGUAUUAACCACUUCUGCGAUAUUUUUCCACAUUUUCUUGUUGCUUGUUUUUCUUUGAAGUUUUAUACACUGGAUUUGUUAGGGGAAUGAAAUUUUCUCAUCUAAAAUUUUUCUAGAAGAUAUCAUGAUUUUAUGUAAAGUCUCUCAAUGGGUAACCAUUAAGAAAUGUUUUUAUUUUCUCUAUCAACAGUAGUUUUGAAAACUAGAGGUCAAAAAUCUUUUUAAGAUGCUGUUUUGUUUUAAUUUUUGUGAUUUUAAUUUGAUACAAAAUGCUGAGGUAAUAAUUACAGUAUGAUUUUUACAAUAAUUAAUGUGUGUCUGAAGACUAUCUUUGAAGCCAGUAUCUCUUUCCCUUGGCAGAGUAUGAUGAUGGUAUUUAUCUGUAUUUUUUACAGUUAUGCAUCCUGUAUAAAUACUGAUAUUUCAUUCCUUUGUUUACUAAAGAGACAUAUUUAUCAGUUGCAAAUAGCCUAUUUAUUAUAAAUUAUGAGAUGAUGAAAAUAAUAAAGCCAGUGGAAAUUUUCUACCUAGGAUGCAUGGCAUUUGUCAGGUUGGAGUGUAAGUGCUUCAUUUGGGAAAUUCAGCUUUUGCAGAAGCAGUGUUUCUACUUGCACUAGCAUGGCCUCUGACGUGACCAUGAUGUUGUUCUCGAUGACAUUGCUUCUGCUAAAUUCAAUAAAAACUUCAGAAAAAACCUUCAUUUUGAGCAUCAGGAUUUCAUCUGAGUGUGAAGUCCCCGGAAUGGAAUUCAGUAAAGUUUGGAGUGUGUAUUCCAGUUUCUAAACUGAGAUUCGAUUACUGUUUGGCUGACAUGACUUUUCUGGAAGACGUGAUAUACCUACUACUUAAUUGUUCUUUUCCUUUCUCCCAUCCAACAUGAUCUUAUAAAAUGGAUUUCACCCCCAGGCCAAUGCAGCUAAUUUUGAUAGCUGCAUUCAUUUAUCACCAGCAUAUUGUGUUCUGAGUGAAUCCACUGUCUGUCCUGUCGGAUGCUUGCUUGAUUUUUUGGCUUCUUCUUUUUAAGUAGAUAGAAAGCAAUAAAAAUACUAUGAAAUAAAAGAACUUGUUCACAGGUUCUGCGUUACAACAGUAACACAUCUUUAAUCCGCCUAAUUCUUGUUGUUCUGUAGGUUAAAUGCAGGUAUUUUAACUCUGUGUGAACGCCAAACUAAAGUUUACAGUCUUUCUUUCUGAAUUUUGAGUAUCUUCUGUUGUAGAAUAAUAAAAUAAAAAGACUAUUAAGAGCAAUAAAUUAUUUUUAAAAAAUCAAUAUUUAGUAAAUCCUACUAUGUGUUCAAGGACCAGAUGUGUUCUCUAUUUUGCCUUUAACUUUUUGUGAUCCAAUUUUAAAUACAUUCUCCUUUGUGCCCUGGAUUGUUGACAUAAGUGAAACACUUGGGUUUUUUUGUUUGUUUGUUUUCUUACUUAUCAAAAGACAAGACUACAGAUUUCAUGUCAAGGAUUAAUUUAUGUCCCCUCCAGCCUGAGAAAUAUUGUUACCAGGAAGAUAGUUUUUCUCCAUGAACUUCAAAUUGCAUCUAAAAUUAGUGGAGCCUUUGUAUCUUAUGCAAAUGCUGUGGGUAGCCCAUCAAAAUAUAAGCUGUGUUCCUUUUAUUUUUAUUUUAAAUUUUUUUUGGAAGAGAAUAUUUCAAAUGAGCACAUGCACCCCAUCAUUACCGGAAGCAAAUUUCAGCGUAGAUCUGUAGGAUUUUUAGAUGAUCGUGGGCCAUUGCCUUCAUGCUGUGGUAAGUACCACAUCUACAAUUUUGGUAAUCGAACUGGUGCUUUAGAAAUGUGGUUUUGUUUUGUUUUGUAAGAGACGUAGCAGAAUAAUUCUUCCAGUGCGACAAAAUCAAUUUUGCUAAACGACUCUGAGAACAACGGUUGGGCUGUCAACAUUCAAAGCAGCAGAGAGGGAACUUUGCACUAUUGGAGUAUAAUGUUUGGGUCAGUUGAAAAAAGGAAACCUUUUCAUGCCUUUUAGAUGUGAGCUUACAGUAGGUAAUGAUUAUGUGUCCUUUUCUGAUGGCUGUAACGAGAACUUCAAUCACCGUAGUCUAAGACCUGAUCUAUAGAUGACCUAGAAUAGCCAUGUACUAUAAUGUGAUGAUUCUAAAUUUGUACCUAUGUGACAGACAUUUUCAAUAAUGUGAACUGCUGAUUUGAUGGAGCUACUUUAAGAUUUGUAGGUGAAAGUGUAAUGCUGUUGGUUGAAAUAUGCUGAAGAGGGAAAGUGAGCGAUUAGUUGAGCCCUUACAGGGCUUUUUUUCCCACCUGCCAAUUCUACAUGUAUUGUUGUGGUUUUAUCCAUUGUAUGAAAAUUCCUGUGAUUUUUUUUUUAAAUGUGCAGUACACAUCAGCCUCACUGAGCUAAUAAAGGGAAACGAAUGUUUCAAAUCUA